CCCCCUUCAGGAUUCGAAUUCUGGUUUUCUUGGUGAGGCAUUUCUGAAUACAAUCGCCGUAAAAGAUUGAGCUAUAAAAAUGUCCAACCCAAAGGUUUUCUUCGACAUACUGAUCGGAAAGAUGAAAGCCGGUCGGGUUGUGAUGGAACUUUUUGCCGAUGUUACCCCUAAAACCGCCGAAAACUUCCGUGCCCUUUGCACUGGUGAAAAAGGACUCGGAGCUUCCGGGAAGCCAUUACACUACAAAGGGUCAGCAUUCCAUCGGAUCAUCCCAAACUUCAUGUGUCAAGGAGGAGACUUCACUCGGGGUAAUGGGACUGGUGGUGAAUCCAUUUAUGGUGCAAAAUUUGCCGAUGAGAACUUUAAGAUCAAGCACACGGGCCCCGGGAUUCUUUCCAUGGCCAACGCUGGACCGAAUACUAAUGGGUCUCAGUUUUUUAUAUGCACCGAUAAGACAUCGUGGCUCGAUGGGAAGCAUGUGGUUUUCGGGAAGGUUGUUGAUGGCUAUAAAGUAGUGAAAGAGAUGGAGAAGGUCGGGUCUGAUAGCGGUUCGACUUCAUCAACAGUUGUUAUUGAAGACUGCGGUGAGAUCAAGGAGAACUGAGGUAAUGGUUAAAUGUAUCUUUAACGUAUAUUUCGUUUUAUAUGAACCGUUGCUACCGGAUCGAAUUUUUAAAGCCUUUUGUAGCUUGAAUAACCUGCUUGUGUUUUUUAAGAAUUGAUCUUUUGGUCAUC